AUGGGACAAGCAACCGAAACAGCCAAGCGAGCUGUCGUCAACCCCAGGACGACCAAAUUUGAAUUCGGCGGUCGGAUCGUAGCGCUCGGCGUUACUUUAUCAGUCCCGUUCUUCACCUAUUGGCUGAAUCUGGCCUGUACUCCUCAAACUCGAUGUUUGCUGGGUCCCCAAAUCCUGGACCUUCGGACUCUAUGGAACACGACCAACUUCUUCAGUCUCGAGGCUUGCUACGUCUAUCUUGGAUGGUAUAUGUACAUACCUUGUACUCUGCUGGCUAGUACUCCCUGGCAAAUCGCUUUCAAUAGUCUCAUAUGCACCAUCCUUGUCACGGCCGCGGUGUUUGCUCGAUGGGGCGGCUCUCCCUUCUUGUAUAUCGUCGAUCAUUACGUCGAGUUAAUUACUGCCAGUUUAAUCGUGAGUAUCUAUCUCUCAAGCAGUAUAUUGCUAUUGGAGCAGUUUCCAGCCCGGUCGGAUCCUAGCGCUUGGUGGCAACAGCAGCAACGUAAUCUACGAUGUAAGCCUCUAUCACAUUUGAAAAAGCAUGAUUGA